AAUAAGUGGGAAGAUCCCGCAAAAGUACUUGAAGUAACCUGUGUGUUGGGUUACAUAAAAAAAGUGGCGAGCCAGCCAGGAGCCUAGAGUUGUGUAACAACAGGAAUACCAUUUCCAUUCCAACCUGUUAACACCCUGGUAAAAUGGAUUUUGUUGAAAAGUUAGGCAUUAAGAUACCAAAUGCAGUCAUUGUUAAUGGUGUUACUGGAUCAGAGAAGGACAGUGAGGUUUUUGAGUACUUACGGCAGUAUGGUGAAAUAGUGAGGAUGCUUACUGUUGAAGAUAGCUCUUCUGAGUUUUAUCAAAAUCAGGUUAUAGAGUUUACCUCCGGUUUAGCUGUCCAACAGUUGACACCUGUUUUGCCUUACCUCUAUCAGUCAGCUGACGACCCUAAUGUUAGAUAUUGUGUCCGCGCCUUAACAGAUGUUUACACAAAAACUGUAGGUGGCUGUGUUACUGACACUUACCUUAAUGAGCUAAAAGGUUUAGCCAAGUUAAGUGGGAAAGAUUUUGAAGAGGUGUUGCGGGAGGUGAUGUCAAAGUUUGAAGAGUCCAUGGGAUCUGCUGAGGCAGCUGGAAAGCCCUGGCCAGACAAUAGYACGGAGCCCACACAAAGUGCUGUUUUCCCUCCACAUCACAUUGAUACCCCUCACUCUUCUAAUCAGACUCAGAGCCCUGAUCAAACUGCCAGUAAACCGAGCCAGACAUCUCACAUUUUAAGCCCAACUGAUCUUAUCUCACCUGAGGUACAGAAGAUUGUGGUUGAACAUGUUGUCAAAACUACGGAAAAGACAUCUACUACUCAUUCCACCCUUCGGUUGAGAGCUUUCUCAGGAAAAAACCCCAGGCCAUACACUGAAACUGACUAUGAAACAUGGCGUUCCCACGUUGACUUGAUGAUGGAAGAUUUAUCUCUUUCUAACUUGGAAAAAUCUCGGAAAAUUCUUGAGAGCCUUCUCACUCCAGCUUCUGAUGUCAUUCGGCCUCUUGGGCCUGAUGCGUCACCUGUUGACUAUCUUCAGCUGCUCGAGUCUGCGUUUGGCACUGUUGAAGAUGGCGAGGAACUGCUUGUGAGAUUCAUGAACACACUGCAAGAUCACGGGGAGAAACCAUCUGCUUACUUGCAUCGCCUGCAGGUGGCGCUGAGUCUUGCAGUGCGCCGGGGUGGUGUAGACUCCAAAGAYACAGACAGGCAGCUCCUUAAACAGUUUCAAAGAGGGUGUUGGGAUGACGGCCUGCUCACAGAACUGCAAUUGGAGUUAAAGAAAAAAAAUCCACCCACAUUUGCAGAACUGUUACUGUUUCUCCGUACUGCAGAAAACAGACAAGAAGUAAAAAGCACAAGAAUGAGAAAGCACUUCAAUGCCACAAAACAAAAAGCAGUCUCACACGAGCAAACAGCCACUGAAACAAAAAUAAACUCUUCAGAAACAGCUUCAAACACCUUAAAUGAUCUCAAAAAACAAAUUGCUGAUUUAAAAAGCCAACUAGCUGCAGUUGUGAAACAAAAGAAACAAAUUGUACCUAAGAAGACCCAAACCACAAAACCUGACCGUGCAAACCCUGAACCCAACUUAACUUCACACAGUCGUCCUAGUUCAAGGCCCAAGCCCUGGUACUGUUUUCGCUGUGGGGAAGAUGGGCACAUCGUUGCCAACUGUGACUCUGAGCCCAACCCUUCCCUGGUGGAGGCUAAAAGAAAGGAACUAAAGGUGAAGAGACAAAUGUGGGACAGCCAGCACAGUGGYUCUUCUUCUUUAAACUGAAGUCUGCCUCUGUUGUGGGACAAACAGAGGCUACCACCRAGUCCAACCGUCCCAUUGAAUCUCAGCCAAAUAUGUCUACUGAACAACGACCCAUUUUGAAGUCACACACCAAAACUGACCAAUUCAGACUACCUCAUGGUUUAAUUGGAACUAAGAGCACCGCCCAAGUAAAGAUUAACGGUAAAACUGCUAACAGCUUACUAGAUUCUGGCUCCCAGGUGACUACCGUUCCGCAGUCAUAUUAUGAGCAACAUCUGUCCAGUCAUGAAAUCAAGCCUCUUUUUGACUUGCUCGAAGUGGAAGGGGCAAAUGGCCAAUCAGUGCCUUACUUAGGCUAUGUCGAAAUGAAUGUCACUUUUCCCAAAGAGUUUCUUGGCAUUGAAGCUGAUGUGUCAACGCUUGCCUUAGUUGUGCCUAAUGUUCGAGCUGCUUCACAGUCCUUAGUGUUAAUUGGGACUAACACUUUAGAUGUGCUUUAUGAGCUGUAUAAUGAAGCAUGUUCCGGACUGCAGCCCCUCACAUCAAAUGGUUAUAAGGCAGUGUUAAAAGUCUUGGAGUUAAGACACAAACAGGCUAAAGACAGUAGCCUUGGCCUAGCAACCAUGUACAACAAGGGCCCUCAGCUAGUCCCAGCAGGCCAAACAGUUGUCCUAGAAAGCUCUGUAGCUGUGUCAGCCCAUACCACAGAAAAA